CAACACCACAGUUAUGUAGAACUAUGUAGAAACUGAAUCUGCAGUUUGAAGUUUGCUGCUUUGGUCACUGGUGUGUUUCCGAUGAACCAGUGGAAAAGUACCACUUCCUCCCUCAUCGCUUCACCCUCACCCUGCUACACUCGGGUCUGUCCGGUGUGUCCUCCGCUCACCCACAGUCGUGUCCUCCCCUGUGAGAGAAGCAGCGUGUGUACACCCCCACUCUCCCUCUCUCUCUCUCUUUCACUCACUCUGCUCCGCAUGGUCCCAGUCUGGCGCCUCCCGUUGCGCACAGCCACAGCGCAGAUGCCAACAACCUCGCCAAGCGCGCUCCGGAUUUCUCCCGACCUCAGGACGCCUGCUCAGACAGAUGGAUGCAACUCUACCACCCAACAUGCUCUUGACUUCCUAAGGAGCAGCAGGAGUAAGGACGAGUGUUGAUGCGCAACGUCGAGCGGUUUUACGCACGGUGCAGGAGCAGAAGCCUUUGGGCUCUUUGACCGGACAACUGGCAUUACGUGGAUUUCUUCACCUGCCCUCACUUAUGGUGAUGCCUCCCACACUUUGAGCUCUACUAAGUUGCUCUCCCCCUUUCUCAUCCCUCUCCCAAACUUCGCUCAGCGGAGCGUUCUGACAGGAUGGGACCGCAGACCAGGACAGCUCUGUGCAAACACACGCUUCUGUGGUUCGUUGUAGCCUCUCAGUGUGUGUCGUCGCAGGGAUGCGGACCCCACUACGAGUACGCCAUCGAGGAGUUCUGCCUCGCCAAGUUCAGGUUGGACAUGCAAGAGCUGGAUCAGGGACACUGGUGUAGCUGGGAUGACACAGUCGAGCUGUACGGUGACCUGACCAACUGCACCUACCUGGUGGCGCUGAAGAUGGAGUGCUUCUGGCCCACCCGCCUGGUGGACGAGUUCUUCAUCCGGGUGCACAAGCAUUACUUCCACGACUGCUCGCUCUCGGGACGGCUCCUCAGGGACCCGCCAAACCGCAUCCUGGGACCCUUCAUCGUGGUGCCCAUCCUGGUCACGCUUCUCAUGACUGGCCUGGUGGUGUGGAGGAGCAAACGCAGCGAGGGGAUUAUGUAGUGAACAGAGUGAUGCGGGGUGGGGGUGGGGGUCACAAGACUCGAGACAAGAGGUACUUUUUUCCACCAUUCUCACCUGCAGCGACCAAAGGAUGUGGUAAUGUUUGGAAAACGGGUGUUCGAUAUAGGACCAGAAUCACUACAACAUGGACGUGCAGUUUGGAGCGAAAUUAAAUGAUUUUAAAUUCAGGUCCUGCCUCAGCGCUUCAACACGUCUUCACUGAUAUGAAGCCUGUGCGGCUCAAAUUAUUUAAUUUCUAUCGACAAGGAGCUGAACUACUCUCCUGAAUCUAAUCUGGACCCGAGCACUGGUGGAGAGAUUCUCGAAUAUAAGAAAAAAAAUAAACUUUAUUGAGAGACACUGCCUCAAAGAGUUUUUGGGAUGUGGUGGUGAUACGACAACACACACAAGAAUUCAACAACUGUUUUUUGGGGGAAAUAACCAUCACCUACUUCAGCAAACAGGAGAAAAUGCAGAACUGUCCAUGAGAUCAGUUUCAAACUCUGACCAGGACACAACAAGACAGUUACUCUGACCUCGUCUAGGGAACACAGGGACAUCAGAUUGUGUAUAUAUGUAUAUGUACACUGUAAAUGGACAUGACAUCUGUCAGUGGAUUAUCAGAAUGUCUUUGGAACACAACCAUUCAUUUCUCUCUUUCUGUGUGAUGUUUGGAUACAUUUAUUUUAAAAAGAUGUGUAUUACUGUACAUUUGAAUUAUAUUCCUAUAUAUUAUAUAAUCAUUCAGAUGGUUCACUGUGGAACUGUGGUGGGAGAAGAAAUAGUUUUCAUCUCCUCUGCUCAUAUCAAGCACCCAUGGUCUCAUCUCUCCACCUGCAGCUCUCUCUCUCUCUCUCUCUCUCUCUCCUGAAGGAAACGCAGAGAGGCUCUUCCACAGCUUCACGGAACUAGCUGGACAAAAGGCAGAAGAUAACAAUGUCACACACCGAUGAUUGGUAGAUGCUGUGUUCCGGAGACAGGCACGCGGAGACGGUCACCGCGCAGGGGUCACGGCCCCAAUUUGGUCCGGCAGUUAUGAUGUUGUGUUGUGCAGUUUCCAUCCGUCCAUCACCAAGGAAACUAAGACGGAGAAACCCCAAACUAUAUAAAGUUUGGGGGACUGCAGACAGUUAAUUAACCAUUAACUCCUCUGUCAUGGAGGUUGUUUACCAUACAGAAAUAAAAUAAUCGCCCCCAAAAAAUAACCAGACUGAUUUGCAUCUGAUGCGAGAAUGAAAGAGAACAAACAGUCAGAAACUCACAGUGGAAAAAAACGACAUUUUCAUCUUAAGAAAGGAGAUCAAACAACGCAUAAAGUCAGCCAACGCACAUCGCUGCAGAAUGCUGCCAUAGCCUCUAGCAGAGUUCGUGUAUCAUAGACCUGAGGUUUCUAUUGAUUUAUGAUCUCCCUGUGUGGUAAAGUGUGCAGUGUGAACUGUUCCCUCAUUGAUAUUUUUGAAUGCUCUCUCCCCUUUAUAGAUUCAUUGACCUGUAACCUGCCUGUCAGCGGAACACACUUUAAAACACACACCCACACUUCCCCAGCAGGAUCUUACUUUGUACUUUGUGCCAAAAGCUCUUUGAAAACCGCAGGAAACGUUGGCUUUGAAAGGUUGAAUUCCUUUUUUGUUUUGGAUUUUGGUGGGGUGACUUCUAAUGAUUGAAUUUUAAAAUCUAUGAUCAUGGAGUUCAAUAAAAAUGUCUGAUUAAUGUG